CAAAAAAAUGACAUUCCGUAAAAAUGACUGUUUGUGAAAAUGAAAAGUGAAAAAUGGAUAAAAAAUUGAUUUGAAUAAAAAUUUAAAACAAAAAAGUAUGAAUAAUUGGAUAACACUGUUGUGAAACAUCGCAUCACAUCCCUUAACAUUUUUGGAAUAACAAUUAUUGGAUUAUAACUUAUCAUGAAAACUCACAUCAUUAACCCCUCGCAUCAGAAACAAAUCCCCAAAUAAAAAUGGAUUUCAGUAAAACAAUAAUCAUCAUAAAAAACUGUAAAUCCUUAUAAAUUGCUGAAAGGUGGUGCUAUACCUAUAUAAUAGAGCAUUUAAUCGGUAAAAGGUGUUUAUCAACCCAACAACACGACAAGACAAGUAUACCCACACCGUAUAGCAUCAAGCUAAAGCCUGCAGAGCUGUCAUAUUUAUACAAAACGAGAUUGUAAAGGACCCCAUGCCGCCAUCAGAAGCCUGUGCAUUAUCCCCUCUUAAAACGUUAUCAUCGAAAAGCACUGCAAACAAAAUUGUACACCAGUAAUCAGCUUCAGUGGAAACCAACUCCCAUCACUCCACAAACAAAAUAACACCGCAUCUCAGAAGCUUGCGGAGGGCCAGAGCAGAAACUCAUCCUCCAUCAAGUCCAGUAUCACUUUCAUCGUAAUUUGUAACUUCCCUAGAUAGACACGCCAACUUAUCGGCAACAAAAUGAAGGGAUUACAAACAUUCAAAGAGAAGGCAUCCGGAGUUUUCGGAGGGAUGAAACCCCAGUUUGAAAACUUCGAGAUUUCCAAACAUGGCUACGAACAAAUGGACGGAGGUGAGGGCGGAGGAGGAGGGGACGGUCUACCAGGAAAAUCCUUCGACGGCGGUGAUUAUCCUGAAUCACCGGCUUCCUUUGAAGAAAUCGAACGACCGCCAUUACGAAAAGUCGACAAAUAUUGCAGAGCAGAAUGUCCAUGUCUACCAGCACGUUAUACCAUAGCAAUGAUGGCAUGCUUUGGAUUUAUGAUAUCCUUUGGCAUGCGUUGUAAUAUGUCAGCAGCGAAAUUGAAACUAGAACACAACGGGACUGCCUUUCUUAACUGGACAGUGGCUAUUGAGAGUCAUGUCGAUUCAUCAUUUUUCUGGGGCUAUUUGGUGACACAGAUUCCUGGUGGCUUCAUUGCCUCAAAAUUUCCGGCAAAUAAAAUAUUUGGACUGGCCAUAGCCAGUUCGGCAUCUUUACAUUUAUUUGUACCGUUUGCGAUGACAUUGAUGCGUGGAAAAGUUGUAAUAUGUGUUCGAGUAUUGCAAGGACUUUUUGAGGGUGUAACAUAUCCUGCCUGCCAUGGAAUCUGGAGAUUUUGGGCACCGCCAAUGGAGCGUUCACGCUUAGCAACUCUAGCGUUCAGUGGUUCGUAUGCUGGAGUCGUGUUUGGUCUACCGCUGUCAGGCAUAUUGGCGGAUGUUGUGGGCUAUCAGGCGCCAUUCUAUGCGUAUGGUAUAUUCGGGAUAACAUGGUACGUUUUUUGGCUCUGGCUGUGUUUCGAGAAUCCUCGGAAGCAUCCGGCGAUAAGUAUACCAGAAUUGAAGUACAUUGAAAAGUCUCUCGGCGAGAGUUCUGUCCAGCCUUCGAUGCCUUCGUUAAAAACAACACCUUGGCAUGACAUAAUGCGUUCGAUGCCAGUUUAUGCAAUUAUAGUUGCCAACUUCUGUCGAUCGUGGAAUUUCUAUUUGCUGGUUUUGUAUCAGAGUUCAUUUUUAAAACAUAAAUUUGACUUUAAGAUCGAAGAAGCUGGUCUAGUGGGUUCAUUGCCACAUUUGAUUAUGACAACAAUUGUACCUUUUGGCGGAAUGUUGGCUGAUUAUUUACGGAAAAAUGGAAUAAUGUCAACGACGAAUGUGAGGAAAUUAUUUAAUUGCGGUGGAUUUGGAAUGGAAGGAUUGUUCUUCUUGUUCGUGGCACAUUCUGACAGCGCGACUGGUGCAAUGUUUGCGUUAACUUGUGGUGUAGCCUUCAGUGGAUUUGCUAUUUCAGGAUACAAUGUUAACCAUUUGGAUAUUGCUCCAAGAUAUGCAAGUAUUCUGAUGGGUCUUUCCAACGGUAUUGGAACGUUAGCUGGUGUCAUUGUCCCUUAUGCAAUUGAAGGAUUAAUCAAACAAGACCCCCGGGGAUGUUGGACAACUGUUUUCACAAUAGCAGCAACUGUACAUUUAAUAGGAUGUUCAUUUUAUGGAUGUUUUGCAUCUGGGGAAUUACAACCAUGGGCAGAACCGGUUGUUGAAGAACAAAAAGUCUGGACCGAACCACAAGGAGCGAUAGCUGGUGGCGGAUAUGUUCGUGAAACCUCUUUCGGUGACGAAGACAAUGAACACACACAAAUGCAACAGUCAAAUCCAAUAAAUUAUGGUGCAACAGGACAUGUGCCCAAUAAUCCAUUUGCUGUUCCAAGCACAAUAGCAGAGGAACCUGUACAACCUGAUACACCAGGUGGAUAUGACUAUACCCAAUAAGAUAAAUAAUAAUGUGAUACUACAAACUAUUAAAAGAACAAACAAAAAUAUUUCCCAUACAUUACCUCUACCAUCGAAAUAUCAAAACACGUAGUUAUAAUUUAGCUAGUUUAAAUAUUUUCAUAAUUAAUAUUUUAUUUAUUUAUUUUAUAUUAUCUAUAUCAAAAAAUGGGAUUGUUUUACAAUUUAUUUACAGUAAAAUAAGUUAAAAGUUAAAAAAAAAAUAAUUAUAUGAGUUCAAAAAUGUAACGAUAUAAAAAUAUACGGAUGUUAAAGCGAUCGAUAAAAAAAUAAUAAAGUACCUAACAAAAAACAUGUGUAAGUUAAUUAAAUGACGAAUAAAGCUAUUACUAUACAAAAAUAAAUUUUAAAUAUUUUAUUUCAAUAUAAAAAAAAUCACACAAAAACUAUAAAAAUCAAAAACAAUACUAAACAAACAAAAUUGAAUACACCUAUCUUCUAUAUGUAUGAAAACUAAUAUAAUUUAAAAAACUCGGUGAACUAAAAAGAAAAAUAUGUUAUUUUAAAAAAAACUUAUU